GCCGCCGCCGCUGCUGCUGCUGCGGGUGCGGCGUUCGCGCUGACCCUCGAUCCCCGCGCAGGAUGGGACCCUUCGCCGGCGCCCCACUUCUCUCGGGAUGUCUUCGCCGUCUUCGGAGGCAACCGGAGCCUCUCGUCCGACCAGGUGAACCAGAUGUUGCAGAAGCUGGGAGCGGCACAUCGGCUGCCGGCCGGACCGCCGGACUCGCUGCGCUACAACCAGUGCAUGUCCGCUGAAGACAUCUUUUCUGUGCAUGGCAUGUCAAACAGCAGCAGGAUAACAGACUCCAGCUUCUCCACAAUAUGUCCUGCUGUCUUACAACAACUGAUUUUCCACCCAUGUGAAAAAUCCAAAGGCAAUUCAAAGCCACCUCCCACAGAAGUGUGGGGCUUCGGUUUCCUUGCUGUGACUAUAAUCAACCUGGCUUCACUUCUUGGAUUGGUUUUAACCCCUCUUUUAAAGAAAGAUUAUUUCCCCAAAAUUUUAACCUACUUUGUGGGUUUGGCCAUUGGGACCCUGUUUUCCAAUGCAAUUUUUCAGCUUAUUCCAGAGGCAUUUGGAUUUGAUCCCAAAAUAGACAACUAUGUUGAAAAAGCCGUUGCUGUGUUUGGUGGGUUCUACAUCCUUUUCUUUGUGGAAAGAGUUCUUAAAAUGAUACUGAAGACCUAUAGCCAGAUGGGCCACAGCCACUUUGAACCUGAAGAACUGAAACCACCCCGAAAUCUUCCUCUUCCUGUUGAAACAGUCAAGUCUGUUAAUGGAACCAUGUGCUAUGCAAACCCAGCUGUAGCUGAGGCUAAUGGGAAUCUCAGUUUUGAUAAUGCCAGUACCGUCUUGGGACAGAAAGAAGAAACCCAAAGCAGCUCAUGCAGAUGCUUCAAAGGACCUGCUCUGUCAGAGAUUGGUACAAUUGCCUGGAUGAUCACGCUGAGCGAUGCACUACAUAACUUCAUUGAUGGGCUAGCUAUUGGGGCAUCCUUCACACUGUCACUGCUUCAGGGAAUUAGCACAUCUAUAGCAAUCUUGUGUGAAGAAUUUCCUCAUGAACUGGGAGAUUUUGUCAUCCUUCUUAAUGCAGGAAUGAGCACACGGCAGGCCUUGUUCUUCAAUUUCCUCUCCGCGUGCUCCUGCUAUGUUGGACUCGCUUUCGGUAUAGUAGUUGGCAACAACUUUGCACCAAAUGUUAUCUUUGCAAUAGCUGGAGGCAUGUUCCUGUACAUUUCCCUGGCAGAUAUGUUCCCAGAAAUGAAUGACAUGACGAGAGAGAAAGUAACUGGAAGGAAAGAUGACCUAGCCUUUUUUCUUAUCCAAAAUGCUGGCUUGCUGACAGGAUUUACUGCCAUCCUGCUGAUCACCCUUUAUGCUGGAGACAUUGUACUGGAAUAAUGUAAUAAUGGAGAUAUGACAAUGAAGACAUUUGGUAAAUUAAAAAUGGAAGAACUCUUGAACUCCACAAAGGGACUUCGGAAGACAUAAAAGGAUUUGAUACGGCACUCUAUUUCCUUUGGCCAUUUGAAGCUAUGUUUUUAAAGAUCACCCAGCCAGUUCUAGGACACAGUUUCCUAGUGUGUUAGGAGCCAUCACUUUUACAAGACUCCAGUGACAGACAAUGCGGGAGCCUCUGAGAUUUUGACUGCAAAAUCUGCCCUGUUAAUUUCAAUAGAAGCAGCACGUCCAUCUAUGCACAUCACACUGGGACAUUUAUUUUCCUCAACUGAGAAAUCACCGCAGUGCCUUAAAAGAGGGCAUUGCCUUCAUCCUAAGUGGUGUUAAGUGCUAGGCAGAAAUGCAAUUAAGAGGCAGGCUAAAAUAAAUUCAACUUAUAAAGCUA